CUCAGUGUCAGCCAAAUCCAUGAUAUUAACACAAUCUAAAGAGCAAAGGGGAGUUUCCAAAGUAAUCAAACCCGUCCAACUUUCUCAUUUACAGCUAUAGACCACUGAAAAUGGAUCCUAUUAGGGCUGCUGCUCCUUUGCUAUGGUUUUCCCUGUGCUUUGGGAAUAUUCUGGAGGCAGCGGUACUUGGAUCAUUGCAGUACCCCUCUAGCGCAGAUGAUAACGGGCUUGUUUCACAUCUGGAUGAGCAGAGUCGGAGAAAGCCGAUCGCGGUGUCCAGGAAAGACCCUCCGAUAAAUGAUACUAUCGUCCCCCAUGACUAUAUGGUAUCGCUAUACAGGACACUCUCUGAAAUAGAGAGAAGAGGUCUUAACAGCAGUGUUCCUCGCUCCGCAAGACAUGCGAACACGGUGACCAGUUUCGUGGAUCAAGGAAAAGAUCCCUCCUCCUGGGGAAGUGGCCAGCGCUAUCUCUUCGACCUCUCCAGCCUGUCCAGGACAGAUGAGAUCGUGGAGGCAGAACUGAGGAUCCUGAGAAAGCCACCGCUGGAUCGCCUCCCUAUGCUGACGUGGGGCAGGAACCUUUAUCGCCUCCUCCUCUACACAUGUUCCUCUAAGGGGAACUCUGGGAGACGGCUGCUGGACUCCAGGACAGUCGAUGUUCUGGACCGCGAGCCUCCCAAAUGGGAUGUAUUUGACGUGUGGGCCAGCGUGAAGGCUCAGCGGAGGAGCCACAGGACAGCAACGGGCAAUGACCUCCUUGUGGCCUGCUUUGACCUGCUGGUUGUUUCGGAGUUGACCAAAGAGGCAGCCAACCCUCUUACAGUAGGGCUGGGACGCCGGUCUCGGCAGCCCCAGGAGAGGGCCUUGCUGGUGGCUUUUUCUCGCACCCGCAGGAAAGAGAACCUGUUCAAGGAGAUCAGGGAUCAGAUGAAGGCAGUGCGAAGAGACUUGGGUUUUCUGGACCCUUCGGACCUCUCUGGUGAUGUGAUUGGUCACCUACCCAGGCGACGCCAACGCCGGACUGCCCUCACCGGCCGAUCUAUAGGCGGAGCUGGUGGGGGAGGAGGGGGAGGUGGUGGUGGAGGAGGAGGAGGAAGGGGAGGUGGAGGGCGCAGGAAGACUCGCUGCAGCCGUAGGCCGCUCCAUGUCAACUUCAAGGAGUUGGGCUGGGACGACUGGAUCAUCGCACCGCUGGAUUACGAGGCGCACCACUGUGAGGGCGUGUGCGACUUUCCGCUGCGCUCACACCUGGAGCCAACAAAUCACGCCAUCAUUCAGACACUUAUGAACUCUAUGGACCCUGAAUCCAGCCCGCCCAGCUGCUGUGUCCCCUCCAAACUCAGUCCCAUCAGCAUCCUCUACAUUGACUCUGGCAACAAUGUGGUCUACAAGCAGUAUGAGGACAUGGUGGUGGAGAGCUGUGGCUGCAGGUAGCAUAGCAACAGAGAGGGGUGGUGGUGCUAGUCUUGCGUGGCGCUAGUCUCGUCAUUCUGGAAUUUUGGACUGGGGCUUGCAAAGAGCGGAGUUUGAAUGUUUUGUGGGAAAAUACGUUGGUGGUUUAAAGCGCUUCUUAACACUCGCCUCCCCCUAUCUCUUCCCCCUAAACCAGCUGUAUUUUGUGAUUUGUUGAAAAAAGUACAGACAAGUAUGCUCAUUACUGAUCUGCCUCUGCUUAAGGGGAACAUAAUCUUAUUUGCUGCUUAAUUUAUUAAAAGAUGUCAUUGAGCUGCCACUUUA